AUGUCUACUGUUGACAAUGCCGCCAAACAAUGUCUGGAGAUGGUACAUAAGGCUCAUACAGAGGCGAUAUUGUCGAAACAGAAAGAAAAGUCAAACGAGAGAGAAACUCAUCGACUCCCAAGUGAGCGGGCCAACACGAGCUCUAUCAUGUCGAUCCGAAACUUGAUUACGGGCGAGACAGACAUCUCGAGUCCGGGAGAGCAGUCGGGGUCGAAUCAGUCCGAGAGCGCAGACGGUAAGCCACAGAAGUUUCUCUGUCUAACCUGCAAUGUUGUCGUCGCUGCCACGUAUCAGGCAGGACACCAGAAGACGAUCAAGCACCAGAAAGCUUUAGGGGUGGUCGAUCCAGUGGGGCCUCUGCUGCCGAAGCGGUUCUGCGAAGUCUGUCAGAUGAGCAUUAAUGUCAAGAGCUGGAAGAGGCAUGAGCAGGCAUUGUCACAUCAAGCUCUCAUGGGUGUUUUGGACCCUGUUCAGCCGAAGAUGCGUCUCUGCGAGUACUGCGGUUUUGGCGUACGUUUUGACCAUUGGACGACGCAUAAGAAGUCGGCUCGUCAUCGUAAGGCGACAGGUCAGUUGGACACAGAGUUGGAAGAGCUGCCUACGGCUGCAGCGCAAGGUUCCGAUUCUGCACCCAUCAAUCCUUAG